CAAGCACACACAUUCAUACGCACGCACGCACGCGCGCGCAUCCCCUGCGUGCGGGCACUCUUGCGCGAUUUCAGUGAACGGCGGGGACUAGUCGCGCGACUAUGAGUGAAUCACGCUCGUACUCGUCUCGGCUAAUUACCAUCCAUCGAUGAUAAUUGAUAACGCGGGCGCAAUUAAACGCGACGUGCUCUCGCUCGUACGCUCGAGUGUUCGCGCCAAGUCCGCGCGAGUGUCAGCCGCCGGGACGGUGGCGGCUGCCGAGGGUGAAUAGUGACAUAUUCGAGAGGCGAUUCGACCAAUCGGUCGCGGGUCAAGUGUCGUGAGAUACGGGAGAUAUCGACGAGCGUUUCCGAAUUGUCAGGAAGGAGUGCGGACAGUACGAGGAGACAGUAAAAUAGGAUAUUGUAGUAGUGAGAGAGAGAGAGAGAGAGAGAGACACACACGGACCACACAGUCUCGCGCGCGACUGUGACGGAAGUAGUGACGGAUCGUAACGAAGGAGACAGUAGCGGAGGACCCAGUAGCGGCAGACGCGAUACAGUAGUCGCGCGAUAGACUGUACCGCCACGGGACUCACAGUGAUAGCGGCUCGCGGUGGUCAGACCGGCUGACAGAAGGCUUUGGUGGAUCAGCUGACACCACGAUCCAUCGCGAUAUAAACGCACUGUCGGAUCAACGGGAUAUCCAUGUUACGGCAUGCAUAUCUGCGAUAACAGUGAACAUGCGAGCGCGCUUAGCGAGCUACGCAUAUACGCGUAACCGUCGCGUCUCGCCACCGACGAGGAUUCAAUUAAGUCUGCCGCGAGGAAGGUCAAGUACUCUAUGCAAGCGACGGGGGCUAGGGGGCCCGAGUUUUAAUUAAAACUCGCCCACGGGAUUCCCAUUAUCACGCGCGUCUCGUAUUCGGGAUUAAUUAGCUGCGUCGGGAACAAGAGCAGUAGCAGCAGAGCGGUGAAAGGUGAAAGGGAGAUACGGGAGGCGUGAUUGCCGUUAGCAGAUCGUAUGUUGUGUUCGUAAUAUCCGUGUGACAGUUUUGUGCGACGCGUCACGAGUCAGGAGCUUCCCGAGCCCGUUCUCGUCGUCAUGAACGAGCUUCUUCUCGGGUCGCGCUGCGGCUGGCUUGGUUAGUGAUCGUGACGAUUUUAACAGCGGCACUUUGAUUACGAAUGCACCUUCGCGAGUGACAAAUGGUGUAAUUGCGUGAGGGGUUAAAAUUCAUCGUUUGGAAGCUAGAGACAGGUAGAAAAAGGGGAAGUUAGCGAGCGUCACUUGACGUGCUUCUGCCGACGAGAUGUCGAAGUAGAACGAUUCUUGACGAUUGACGAUAGCUCGUUCUAACGCACGGAAGGCGCGUAUUAUGUGAGGAGGAAACCGCGACGAGGGAAACGAAGAUGUCCGCCGUCAGCGUCGUCGCAUGGUUGCUCGGCGCCGUCGCUUUGGCUGCGAUUAAUAAUGAAGUGCACUGCCACAACAUGCCAUACGGCGGCAGCAGCAAGAACGGCGACACAUACAACCAGAACGUUCUGGAAGAGGCCACACGAUCGGGGCCGUAUUUCGACAAAUCGGCCUCGAAAAACGUGACCGCCCUGCUGGGAAAGACCACGUACCUCAACUGCCGUGUCAAAAAUUUGGGGAACAAAACGAUGACGCUACAAGUAUCGUGGGUACGGCACAGAGAUGUCCAUUUGCUCACAAUUGGCCGUUACACGUACACGAACGACCAGCGAUUUCGAGCGAUUCACAACGCUCAUUCGGACGACUGGACGCUCCAAAUAAAGUAUCCGCAGCAUCGGGACAGCGGUAUUUAUGAGUGCCAGGUCUCCACGACGCCCCAUAUGAGUCAUCUAGUCCAUUUAAAUGUAAUCGAACCAAAAACCGAGAUUUUGGGUGCGCCGGAAUUGUUCAUCAAUCGAGGUAGCACUAUCAAUCUCACGUGCGUCGUCCUGCAGAGUCCAGAACCACCCGCCUACAUUUUCUGGAAUCACAACGAUGCGAUAAUCAGCUACGACUCGAGCAGAGGCGGCGUCUCCGUGGUCACGGAAAAGGGUGACAGCACGACGAGUUUCCUCCUGGUGCAAGAAGCGAAGCCGUCGGACUCGGGACGGUAUACUUGUAACCCCAGUAAUGCUCAACCGAAAUCGAUCACCGUACACGUACUCAACGGAGAGUAUCCCGCGGCAAUGCAGCACGGCGGUCAGGCCAAGCAACCAAGGCUGUACUCUCUUCUGCUCUGCCUGUGUCUGCUACUUUACUAAUUGCUCCAUUCCAUCGCGCAUUUUCGAAGGGAGAAAUCAGAAGGCACUUUCCAGUGAAGAAAAAGAGAGAGAGAAAAAAGAAUGAAUGAAUGAAUGAGUGUUUGUGUGAAAGAGAAAAAGAAAAAGAGAGAGAGAGGUAUUUUCCAUCACGAAUUGCGCGAACGUUGCCCAGGUGUCAUGGAAGCCGCAGCGAGAUACGUGCGACGAUGUGCAUCCGACGGGGACGCUUUUGACUGUGCACCGGAACGAUGAACUCUUUCGCAACGACGCGCCGUUUGUCGAUGCAACCGAGCGACGACGACGUGUCCGGAAGGGCAGCGUGACGACCACAGGACGAUGCUUUUAGCGAUGAGACCGUGCGCGAUUCGAGAUUGCGAAUAUACAAUAAUACACGUAAGAGAAAUACAUCACGAAAUCCCGAUACGUAAUAACCGUCGAUGAAUCGUCAUGACCGGUUUUAUUAACAACAGGUUACUUAUUCGUAAGUAAAAUCACAAACUUGACUGUUGAUCGAAAAACGUGAAUGAGAGAGUACAAUUAUUCAUCAAAUCAUAAUUCCACAUUGAUGAAACUAUAAUAAAGAAUAAUUGAAAUUAUGGUAUUCAAGAUGUUGCUGAAAUUACUCGUUUUUACAUUAUUUUAUAUUUUGUUUACAUUCUCGCCACGGCGAUGAUGAUCGGGCCUUAAUUUAAAAUUCCCUUCAAAUUCUUAAGAGCAUUGGAACGCAACUUUCGUUUAACUCAUUUGUAUUUCGGCUUCACCGAGUAAGUUUUGUAUUUCCUCGAAUUCCGAUCGUUCACAACUUAGAGACCCUCGAAACAAUCGACUCUCUUUUUGGUACGACUGCAAAUACCUCUGCUUCGAGGAAAACGCGAGUCUUCUGGGACAUCUUGUACACAACGCAGAUAGCGAAAAGUGGAAAGGGCGAACGUGUAGAGCACGUUCGAGCGAAAAGCGACUGAGAACACGGAGAAGGUACGCGUCACCACAGUGCUCGUCUUUCUCUCCACGAUUAAUUCGAAUAGACUCGAAACGUCUGCCGACUCAUGGACUUUCAGCCAGCAAGGUUGGUGGCGAGUGCAUCGAGGAUGGGAGAACGAAUCGUUGCCAUGCAACCGCGGCUUUGACCAAGUAUACGCUUCGAAAUCCGCGCCUGUGCGACCAUCGGUCACUACGACCAGUGUGUACCAGCUCUGUAUGUACCGCGAUACACCGAUUCUUCCCUAGCGGCAUGCACAAGGAACCUUUUGUCGAUCCUCCAGUCUCGUGUUCCAAUAUUGACACCGCAUUUCCGGCCACUGCACUGGUGAGAAGCGAACGACGAAAUCUCGAAUUUCUACGCUAAAAUCGUAAGGUAUUGCGGGAGGCGAUUACCGCGUAAUCGGAUCGCGCGUCUCGGCUCUUUUCUUAUCGCUUUUCUUUUCUUUUCUCCCGCACGGUAUCUCGAAAUCAAUUAGCGGGCGAUAAAAGCCUGUACCGCACGCGAUUAUCGAUCGACGACGGGUAGUGAUUUUUCGGAUUAUUUCUUGGAUUUGUCUCGACUAAACACGAUCGCGCUACUUCACAAUCAAAGAACGUUGUUGAGUCUAAAGCAGCGCAAUUAGCUUACGCGAAAUAGAAAUUGCACGUUAUGAGAUUCAACAGUAAUUACCCUUCUGUUCCGACAGUUACCUCAAAAGGUACAGAGACAAAGCGAGAUUCGCCGUGUAUAAUGAUAUUUGCAUUAAAUUCAAUCGCGUUAUUUGAUGCGUUUUAAAAAUUCGACGAAGAACAGAAUCUUUUACGUCACAAAGCAAAAAACGUUUAUGUGACAAUGCACAAAAGGAUUUUUCGAGAAAUAUUAAUAUUAAUAAAAUUCAAUCGACAGCGGUAUCUUUAAAGCAAUGUGCAAGAUUUCGACUAGCGAUCAUAUCUUUGUCAUACAACGAAUUAAAUUAUGCACUUCUUUCCGUAAGAAUUAAUAGAAAUAAAGCAGCAUGCAUACGGAGCGUCGGAUGAAAAUAUUUUACAGCACGGGAUUAAAAUGAAAUCCUCUUAAUUAAUUCAAAUAUGCAGAAUCUUUCUUUCUCCAUAUAUGUAUUUGCAUUGUUUACGCAAUCCUACAAAUACGGACCCGUCCCGUGUUAGCAAAAGAUAAAAUAAAUCGCGAGAUAUCAAGUAAAUUUAUUUUUCUACUUCUCGGGAGAGUAUUUCCGUAGAAGGUAGAAAAUAAUGAAGAAAAGUCGGUCAUGCGUGCAAUUCGUAUACAGCGUGCACGCGAGCGCAAGAAUGGUGUACGCGGUGAGAGUGGCAACGAGAAACGCAUCGUUCUAAUCGAUCAAGUGUGCGCGAAAAAUGCGAGAUACGUCCAAUUCAAUUAGCUCUCGCAAUUUUCUUUUUUUUUUUUUUUUUCAUUUAGACAACUGUCUAUUUGUCUUUAUGUACAUACAAGUGGUACACAAGUGGGCUGCUUCGAGUAUAAUAUCGAAUUUCUGCGCGACGCUCUCAGCGUGGCUCAUAAUUCUUGCUCGCGCUAUUGCUGUCCCAUUUGUUUCUUACAUUGCACGUACUUUGUCUACCUCUCGUCGAAACACAUUAAACAAAUCAUUACGGAAGAAUUCAUCGCUCAUUAUUUUCUUUCGGCUCUCAUUCUUAAAUCGCAUUUAAAUACUGAGAUAAAAUUUGCAUAAUUUUUUUCAUUUAAGUCAAUUUAAGGGUAUAAUACAUUUGAAACUAUUAAAAAAAUCAAUAUAACUUACAUACGUUAUAUAAAAUUAUUUGCAAAUGUCGAAAUGAUCUUAUUUAAAAAAAGCAAUUUCGCAAAAUUUUAUACAAUUCUUUGGUUCUAUCAAUCUUUUCCCAACGGAAAUCAGAAGAUGUGACAUUUAGAUAUUUCUCGUCUACUGACUACGACCGAUCGGGAUGCGCGCGAAUAGCUAUUAUAGUCGGUGACCGAUUUAAAAUACAUUUAGGAACUCGUAAACGACUUCUUGUUCGGGACGCCGCAUAAUUCAGUACGACCGCGUUUCGCCAAAACCCCAUCGACGACGUCGGGUUCGUAACUAUUAAUAAAACUUGGAGCUGUCGCGAACGCGAACGGGAGUAAAUGGUAGCAGAAAAUAUGAAUAAUGAAUGAAAAAAGUGCUGGUAAACGCCUUGAGCCGAAAGCGCGUGUGCGUACCAUGCAUGUGAGCGCGAAAAACAAGUAAUAUCCAAUAUCCGCGCAACGAAAGAACGUGAUUAAAAAAGUUUUCAACGACCAGUAAUACAAUGGCUCAACCACGCGUAAGAACGCCUCUUGUCGCCGACCGAAUAAUCAAGUCCCUGUCUCUAGCCCCUUAUUUCUCGGGCAAAAAGAUAGCGACCCUCGGCCCUUCGGCCGGAGGUGGACAUUUAGUGGACCCUUCCUCCGUUGCCUCCCAUCCGCCGACCGGUUACCUCUCCAUUCUUCCUCCUGGUCGGAAAAUCAGACAGUCGCCGGACUACCGAGGGGAAAAAAGUGCGAGGGUAGAAUGUGGAGUCGGAGAAGAGAGGUAGUGGGCCGCGCGACGACACUUGCCGAUUCGCCUUCAUUUAUCAAGUUCAACGCGAGGUACGCCGCACAAUGUCGGCAUCGACAUUCUCCAAGCGGACGCGAUGUAUGCUCGGCUUCUCCAGCUACUCUACACGCUCUCGCACGUGUACGCGCUCAUACACGCCCGUUAAUCCUCCCCCC